AUGUCUUCUGAACCUUCUUGCAAAAACGGUAUUCUGAAUAGAUUUUAUAUAGCAAUUAGUCGAGAUGGAAAAUAUUCUGCAACGUUCGAUGCAGCAACCCGUCACGUUAAAAUUUUAAAAACUAUCGAUUAUAAUCGAGAACAAAAUAAUAUCAUUGCUCACUUUAAAAUAAAGGAUGAUGAUUUAUCUAUCCAAGAAUUUUACGAUAAUCCUCCGCCAUCCCAAAAUCUGAAUGUUAUCGUCAAAGAUAGAUGGUCGAUCGACAUAUCCAAUGACGGAAAUUUUAUAUUCAUAGCAGCUUCUCGAAUACUUGACCAAAAUAUGGAAAUAGAGAAUGAGAUUAGCACAAUGGUUGCAAAAAAUUUUGAGAGUAAUAAAGAAUGUUGUAUAAAUUUUAGUUCGGAAAAUGCAACAGAUUUUAAAACCGUUAUUUGUUGUCUUAAAUUAAAUGAAGACGACGUUAAUAAAGUUGACUUUAUUAAAUAUAAUUAUAAUAGAUUAUCAGGAAUUUGUAGAUUUGCGGAAGAGGCAAAGAAAGAGACUAAGAAAGAGGUUAAAAGCUUUACUAAUAGACUAUCAAGAAUUUGUAGCUUGGAAGAAGAUGUUAACUCAGAUUUAGAAAAAUUUAUUUUAUUGAAUUAUAAUGGUAUAUAUAGCUUUAAAUAUAAUUUGAAACAUACAACUUUUAGCGAAGUAGAGAAAUUUAAUUAUCCAGAUGAGUUUAAGGAGCAAUUAGAAAAUUUAAAAAAAAAUAUACAGGAUCGCACAAGUCUACUCUUGUCACAUAUUUAUAAAAAAUAUUUUAUUAUUAAAGACAACAAAAAUAGCAGCAAAAAUUUUCAAGACAACUCAAGAUUACAAGAUAACAGCAAAAAAGUUCUUGAAGGAAAAAUGAGAUUGGAAACUAGUAUAAAGAUUGGUGAUGACGACACAAACCUUGACGACAUAGUUUACUCGAUCGAUAAACAAGAAUUACAAUUUUGUAUUGCUACAGGAUCUCAAUCCAUUGGGAUAUUCCUUAUGGAACAUGGAUCGAGAAUCGCAUCCAAAUCAUUUGAAAAAUUCAAUAUACGUAAAAUCCAUUUAAUUGAAUUCAUCAACAACGAUGAGAAAUUAAUUUUGAUUGUCAGUGAUUCUAUAAAUGAUCUAAAGAUUAUUAUCUGGGAUAUAUAUGAUACUGACAAAGUUGAAAUGAUACCUCUUACGGCACAAAAUGCACAAAAUUCUAGUACUUGCUUUGCAAGUUCCUCUGGAAAUAUUUUACAUAUUAAUAAUGAAGGGAAAGUUAUAUCAAUUAGUAAGAUGGUUGCAGACAAAAGUAUUGAAAAAAAUAUAGAAAAUUUAGAUUUGGAAGAAUUUAUUAUAAAAUUAGAAAAACAAAAUCAUACUAUAUACUUUCAUGAAAAGGAAAAGGAACAUGAUGAAUUCGAGCCGGCGGUUAGUGUACCAGAACCAUGGAUAACAAAAA